AUGGCGCUACAUCACUCCCCAAAAGCUAUCCCUGGCGAGGAUGCCUCAAAGGAAGAUCAAAUUGAGGGUCUAGUCAACAAUGUUAAAUGGCAGAUGUCCGCUGAUCGUAAAGUUGGUGCCCUCAAACAGUUGCAGGGGCUCAUAUGGAAGCAGGGCUAUGACAAAGGAGGCCUUAAGGGGCAUGUCUUCGAUGAUGUCUCUACAGCAUUAGAACGGUGGCACUCAAUUGAAGGUCAAAAAGUACAUCUAUUCAUCAGGCUCAGGUGUGAAGAGACCGGCCGAGAGACGUUGUUCACGAAGAAUUACGGAAGACAAAUAUGUACUUUGAAAUAG